UUUACUUUUUGUAGCUACCUCAAUUAUACAUAGAUGAUUGUCACAAAGGCAGCAGUAUUUUAGAAGGAGCCGAAUGGAUCAUUAAGCGUACAUUUUAAUAAAAGGUUUUGGGGACAGCCAUGAGUUCCUUACUGGAAGCAACACGUUCCCUCAUGCACGUGUUUGACGGGAAGCUGCAAGAGUUCACCGAUGAGAUUGACAAUGUUCAUAUGGUGUGGCUGAAGGAGAUCCAGCAGGAGGCUCAGCGCAUGUUCUCCAGUGACUUUAGCACUGAGCCAGAGCUCAUGCCCAAGACACCGUCACAGAAAAGGACCACCCGCCGGAAACGGGUGUCUAUGGAGCUCACUGAAGCUCGUAGCAAAAGACGUUUCUCCAAAGGGAAACGCAGUAACCUGCGCCGUUCCUCAAUCCAGACAACUCUAAAUUCCAUAUCUGAGCUUGUAAUUACACAUGACUCCAGUAACGGUUCUGAGGCAACACCUGAGGAGCCUGGUCCCCGCACACGCCGCAAUAAAGCCGCCGCAGUUGAAAGUGAGCCGGUCAAACGUAGCACACGCGCUAGAAGAGGUGCCAAGGCAAAGGAGCAGAGUGAGGUGGUGGAGGAGCAGCUGGCAGCGGUGGCAGCUUCUCCACAACCACCUGUCGACUCCGAGGACCUUCUGGAAGAGAAGGCGGAGAUGAAGAAACAUUGCGAGGGAGAGGAGAAGAUCAGCUCUUCCUCCCUGGCAAAGAUUGCGAUGUCCCCGGCUGUGGUGGAGAGCCCCAGAGCUGAGUGCCGCUCUGCUGAAAUGCUGCUACAGUCAGUCUGCUCUCCUGGUCGCUCGGCUAAUAAAAUUGCCAUCGCAGCUGCCAUGUCUCAGGGCUCUUUGCAGACUUCAACCAGACGCUCCCAGGUGGUGCGUUGCUCGCUGGUGGUCCUCAGACACAGCAUGACCCAGGAAGCAGUCCGUCGUGCCUCUCGGCGCUCCUUCCUGAGAAAGAAAGCCAGGAUGGGCAACUCUACAUGCAGCAGCUCCAUCAGUGCAGAUGUUUCUAUGGAUGUGGAAACGGAGGAGACUGAUGCAGUGGAGAACAUGGAGCAAGUGGACACUGAGGAAGCACCUGCAGAACUGGCAGCUGAACUCAGCACCGGAGCCCAGAAACCGCAGCCUGAGGAGCUUGAGCCCAAGAAGCCAGUAGAAGAGGAGGCAGAGGUGCAGAGGGUGGAGGAAAAGCCAGUGUCUCCCAGCCUGCAUGAAAACUGCCGUUUCACACGCUCCAUGGCUCGACCCUCGGUGUCAGAUGACAGUGGGAAAAAGUCCCAGGACGAUAAUUGCGCAUCUCGGUCAGGCUCCAAACGUCGCGCAGCAGUGGCAGCGGCAGAAGCACUCCGCACCCCUACGAAGAGGCUCUCCCCUCCCAAGAAGUGCAUGACUAGCUUUACUCCUGGUAUGCGCUCUUUCCUGCACACGGUGCAGAAGAACCAGCUUCUUAUGAUGACUCCCUCCUCUCUGGGCCGUGCCUCGGUCAUGAAAUCUUUCAUCAAACAACCUGCAAAAACGGACGUCAAGGAGCGGGAACGGCAGAAAUGGGAUGCUCUAAACAAGAAGAUUGAACAAGAAAAUGAAAGAAAGAAAAAGGUUGAGGAGGAAAAAAGAAAGAAACAGGAAGAGAUGAAAAGGAAACGGGAUGAGCGCUUGAGACGAGUAGUGGAGGCCCGGGUGAAGGAGAAGGAGAAGGAGCAGGAGAAGAAGAAGAAAUUUGAAGAAAAAAUGGCACAACUAGAGAAAAAAAGUGAUAUGCUACGUGUGGAACGGCUAGCAGAGGAGAAGGCCAAGAAAAAGGUGGCAUCUAAACGGCAAGAGGAACUGGAGCUUCGCAGGAAACAAGAAGAGGCAGCCCGGAAGAAAAAACUUCAGCAGGCUGAGGAGGAGGAGCGGAGGCACCAGGAGCUGCUGGCCAAGCGGAGAGCCGAGGAGGAGCGGGAGAGGGCGCGCAAGCACGCGGAGGCCACCCGCGCCCUGGAGCUGAGAAAGGAGCAAGAGCAGGAACGAGAGCGUGAGAGGCUGCGGCAAGAGAGGGAGAAGGCGCGGGAGAAACAGGCUGCUGCUGAAAGGGAGAGGAUGGAACAGGAGAAGGCAAUUGCUCUUCAGAAGGAACUGGAGAGAGCUGCCAGAGAGAAGGAAAGGAGGGAGCUGGAAGAGAAGAGGAGGCGGGAGGAAGAGCAGAGAAGGGCUGAAGAGGAGAGUGCUGCCAAGCAGAAGCAAGCUGCAGCUACAGCGGUGCUGCCUACAGUCACUAGUACUCUUGUGAAAAUGCCCACAAGCAAAACCCUCAAUGCCACAAUUACACACAGCCCUGUGCUAAAUGUUACUGUAGAUAUAGAGCAGUCUAUUACAAAUACCCCUGUGAACAAAGGAACAGCGCAUAACAUGACCAUGGAUAUGGGAACUGGGUUGAAUUGCACUGUAGAUGUAGAGCACUCUCCUCAAUCCUAUCAGAUUACACCUAAAGGCAAGAAGAUUGAGGUUUUAGUCAAUCCUGAUGACUAUGGAAUGGACCAGAAUAGUGAUGACUCAACAGACGAUGAGUCUGCACCGAGAAAACCCAUCCCUUCCUGGGCAGAGGGUAUGCAACUUCAGCAGGCUAUUAAGGAUGCGUAUUUUGACCCGCUAGAUCUGCAUUCUUUUUUUGGGGAGGUUGAACAGCCCAAACUGGAGGAGAUUUUUCAAAGGAGCAAGCCACGUUUCUUCAAGCGUACAAGCUCUGCUGUUUGGCACUCCCCUCCACGAAUGGGUGCCAUGCAUUAGCUGAACUAGCUAAGAAAGGGGUCAGUCUGUUGCUCUGUUUCUGUUCUCUAUGUAAUGUUAAUCUGUAUGUAAACAAUCUGUAUUUUGUUUUAUAUAAGCCUUUGGAUUUCACUUUAAUAAAGCGUUAUAAAAAUGUA